AUGCAUGCUCUCUCGUUUCGCAACGUUCUACUGCUGUGGGGUCUAGCAAUUGUCACGCAGGGUCUUUAUGUCCCCUUCGAUGUCAACUAUAAUCUGGCACUGCGCAGUGAUGAAGCAGAUCACGGAAGCUCCGAUGGUCUGAACAUCGUGCCUCGUGCAGGGAGAAGACCCGCAAAGAACUCCAAACCGCCAAAGAAUUUGGUGAAGCCUACGUCAAAGGCGCCUGUUCCAACUCCAAGUGCCACGAAGGUCCCCCCCGUGACGCCUAUUCCAAGCUCUAGCAAGGCGUCCUCAAGCUCGAAGUCUCGACCUUCCAGCUCUGCCUCUAAGAGUCUCUCUUCCAGCUCUACCCUGAAGACCUCAUCGCUCUCUCAGAGUAUCUCAACCGUCCAAGUUUCUUCGUCGACUGGAGCUUCUUCAUCAACGAGAGGUUCAUUGCCAACUACAGGUUCUCCUACGAGGACCCUUUCUUCCUCUAUUUCGGCUACAUCUAGUUCUACUCUUGCAACUGCUACCGCUUCCGACCUUUAUUGCCCCGUUGCUGGCGCGAUCGGCAAACCUACAGGUAAGGCAACGGUUAAACAUCCAAGGGCUAUUGGCAAGCCUAUGGGAAAGCCCACUGGCAAGCCAGAUGACGUCUGCAACUACAAGCCAACUCCUAUUCCCACUAAGGCUAUCAAUGCGUGCGACUAUUUGAUCGAUUGUCAGGUCAGCGACGAAUCUGAACCUAUUGUCGAAGACACCAACAAUAAGCCGUCCAAGCCCACCAAGGGCAAGGGUACCAAGCCAGUCAAACGUCAACAGAAGUUUUCGAUCGAUCUUUCCGAUUCUGACCAACUUUCUGCGCGUGGAGAACCUCGGCGGUACAAGACUGAUGUCGAGGGUGUGUCAAAGCUUGAGAUAUAUUCGCUUGAUUACCCAAGCAACUCGGACUUGUACACGGGUGAAGGAGCUGAUGUGCCCAAGGUGAGAGUCGAAUGGAAGUCCGAUAAGCUCAGCGACUUCGAUGUCAGGGUUUACAAGACCCUGCCGGAAAAGAACGAUUACAGCGGACUAGUGACAGAGCAUUUGAUCGAGCUGCAGACAGUGAAGAUGUUCAUCGAAAGCUUGGUGAAGAAGACAGACGCCGGCAAAGUCGAAGGAUCGUGGUUCGAGAAAUGGUGGAACGAAGAUCUUAGUACAAAUGCCGUGCCAGUGGGCACUCGCACAAACAAGGCUACCGACCUCACCACCGGAAAUGACCUUGGCAUACAGACAUCAAUUAACGACUUGGUAUUCCAAGCCCUUGGAUCCAUGGAGAAUCGCGCCGAUUUCGUCCUCUGCGACAGCGAGAUUAACACGUUUAAGAUGCGCACAUGGAUGAAGCACAACUACAUGGAGCUCAGGAAGUUCGAAAACUUGCUUGAAGACUUUAUAGAGGGCGCAAUGCACUCUAACGAAGUCUUGUCUAUAUUUCGCACGAUAUUUGGUGUCUUCAGCUACAUGAACAAACAGGAAGUGAAGGAUCGCCUAAUCCAUUCAUACGAGAAUGUGAGGAAAGAGCUUAGCAACAUCCCCCAGCUGACGCAAGAAAACAAGGACCUCGAUAGAAAAUGGACAGCCUUCAUGGAGGGCCAUCUCGAAAGUAUCGGCAACCACGGCAAAAAUUGGCUCACCGGCAGAUACACGGCGACAAAGGCUGCAUACCAAUCCGCUAUCAACGCCCUAGUGGCGCAGAAAAAUGCCCUCAAUGACAACAAGGGGAAAGUACUGAAGAAAGAUCUGCAAGCGCACCAAGCGGAGGUCAAGCGCCUAAAGGAGAGUGCAAUACGACUCAAGAAACAGCUGGAUGGUGCCUACAAGGAUAGGGCGCCUCUCCAAACAGCGCUCUACAAGGCUAUCAAGACAAAGAACCAGGCGGCGAUCAACAAGGCUGACGGCGACCUCAAAGUGAAUGAUCUUACAUUGGAUUCGCUAAAAGUAGACAUCGCUGAGAACAUGAGGGAUACCAAUAAGGCGGAACGCGUGUUGGGUACACAACUCGUUCAAAAUGUGCAGGAGCUUAUUGAUAACUUGAAGAGGGACCAGACGACACUACUCGCCUUCGAGGCCAAGACGCCGAACUUGCAAAUGCCGACUCUUUAG